UGAAGUGUGCUUAAAAGCGGGGUUUGGGCUUCUUUUUCAUCCAAUCAAUAGUGUUGCAUACGCCUUCUAGUUAAGGAUCUUAUUCAGGGCAACAAGACUAGCUAAGAAUAGCACACUUUUAGAUCAUGUUAACUUCUUUUUUUUUGCUUGUAGGAAGUUGUAGUACAUUUUGUUGUCAAAAUAAUGUAUGUGCUACAUGUCAAAUGAAUAUCGGAUUUUCAAUGAACAAAAGGAUAAAAAAGGCUACAUGGACACAAUGGCAUUGUUCUUCUUUCUCAUGGUAGUCGUACAUUGGCAUGAUAAUGCACCAAUGUAAAAGAAACUACGCCAAGUAUAUAACCGUGUGUUCAUUCCCAAAUAGGUCAAUGUGCUUCUGGACUUUUGCUAACAAAAUAUCAUGUUGCACUAAAUUAAAGUUUUCAGCUUAGAGGUAUAAAAUAUGUCUGCUCCUAGCUUUUCUCUCUCUUUUUUUUUUAUUUAAACUAUAUCUCUUUCUCUUUAUGUCAGAAAAAGCUGGAAAAGCGACAAAGAGAAAGACUUUAUUGUCUGAACUAGGUAUCAAACCAGGUGAAGCACCUGUCAGUUCAACAAAACCUACCUCAAGAGCAACAACUGUACCUGCCAGCCCUACAACAGUAAAGACACCCGGUACAACAAGGGCAACCACUACACCUACUCGAAGAACCUCGGUAGUAAAGCCCUCAUCACCUUCUGUUUCACGAUCUCGCAAUUCAGUCGCACUCAAUCCAAGUCCACCAACCUCCACACAGAAAAAAGCGCCCUCUACCAUUAAAGCAGAUCGUGCCACAAAGACGCCACCUUCGCCCACCUCGCCUAGCCCAAGACGUCGAUCGAUUGCACCCACUACUUCAAGUCAACGAGCAAGUAAAUCGCCCUUAUCUCGAAGAGCGUCUGUCAAUGUAAGCCAAGCAGAUGGGUUUGGUGUCGGUCCUCAGAAUAAGCGAGUAUCUUCCCCAGCUGGAUUAGAGUCUCUUGCGGAAGUCCAAACAAUGAAAGAACAGUUAGCUGAAAAAGAGCAGCAAGUAAAUCAAUUGUUGGAGAAUGAAGCUACUUUGAAAUCGAAUAAUGAAGCCAAAAUAUCUGCUCUUGAAACGGAAUUGGAAAAUGUCAAACAAGAGUUGAGUUUGGCUUUAGAGAAAGAAAACAAAGAUUCUCCAGAGCAAAAAGAAGAAGAAGAAGAAGAAGAAGAAAAGAGGCAAUUGAUAAUGGAAGCGGAAAAUAAACUCAAAGAAACACACAAGACACAAAUGGAAAAUUUGCUAGCAAGCCAAGAAAAGAAAUUGGAGUCAGAACUAUUCGCUCUAAAGACUGAGUUAUCAAUUGAACAUGAACAAAAAAUUCAGCAAUUAAAACUACAAUAUGAUGAGCAGACUGAUCAGACAAGAAAGGAGCAUGAACAAGCUUUAUUGACACAGAAACAAGAGUUUGAUCAAAAACUGGACCGAGAAAAGGAACAUUUUGAAAGUUACAAAAAUGAGCAAGCAUCGACAAUCUCUAAACUCAAAGACCAAAUCAAACUGAUGGAAGAAAUGCAGACAAACAGUCAUGUUCGUAAGGUUCAAAAAGAGCUCGACAACACUCUUGCUUCAUUUGAAGAACAUAAGCGUCAAUCACUGCAAAAUACAGAGGCUCUUGAGCGUCGUUACCGUGAAGAAAUUCGUCAGUUACAAAAUGGUAGUGAUGAUACAGCUGAAGCAUGGCUAGAAAAGACUCGUUCUGCUCAACAAAAACUAGACCAGUUACAUGACCAACUUCAACUUAAAGAACAGGAAUUAAACAAUACUAUUGAAACACUUAAGACAGCACAUGAAGAGGAACUUGAUAAACUGCAUGAAAUCUGUGAGAACAAGGAAGCACAGAUUGAAGAGCAGUCGAGCCAGAUUGAAGACUUGUCACUUCAAGUCGAAAAUCUACAAAACUCUUUAGAGGCUGCUACUGUUCGUUUAGAACACACAGCCAAGUCCUCACCUACAACUUCGAGCGGUAAAGAUGAUAUUAACAAUCCCAAGCCAAACCCUAUAAAGGACAUCCAUCAAGAGUGUCUUAAGCGUAUUGAUGAUAAACAGAAAGAAAUUGACGAACUCAAGUCAAGAUUGAUUAAUCUUAAAGAGACACAAGAGCUACAGAUUAACCGUCUAGGCCAAGAAAAAGCAAAUGCACUCAAGACAAUUUCAAGUCUUGAGCAAAAGUUAGCAGCCACAACACCUCCUCAAUCACCCACAAGACCUAGUAGUAUGAUUCUUAGUAGUGAUGUGACUGGUGAAGAACGACUAGUCAAGGUUGCAGAACAACAUCGCAAAGAGAUCAGAACUAUGCAAAACCAAUACCAAAUGCUGGUUGAUGCCAAAGAUCGAGAGCUAGAAGAUUACGCUUAUCGUAUAAAGGCUUUAGUUGCAGCUAAACAAAAGGCCAUUGAAAAAAUGCAGCUUGAAAAUAAGGUUUCUUCUGAUCGAUAUGACCGAGAGAUUGAAGAAUAUGAGGCCAAAAUUGUCGAGUAUGAAAAUCAAAUUGCUAGGUUGCAAGACAAAGUGAAGCAUUGGGAGACAUUGGCACACAACAAUGAAGUGCUUUUGGAAGACAUGAAGAAGGAUUGCACAGCUCAUAAAGAUGAGAAUGCACAACUUGUAAGACUUGUGAAUCAGUUGCAAUCUGAAAUACGCAUUCCCUGCUGAAGAACUCGACCUGUUAUCAUAUAAAAACACAUGCAUAUUAAAAUAUCAUAUUAUCCUUUAUCCUUUUUGUUUUGUGUCUUUAAGAAUAAAGAGGGC